AUGGCUAGUUCAACGGCAUGGUCGUACCAGAACGACUACGAUGAAGAACUUGAUGGUGAAGUCUUUGCUACGCACAAUCGGUCACUGCAUGAGUUGCAGAGAUUGUCGGCUUUUCAGCAGGUGACGACGAAGGUACCGCCUGCGUAUGAUGGUCGAAGUAGCUGGUUCGCCUAUGAAGACGCGAUAGACGAUUGGUGCGACAUCACAGAGUUAGAGCCAGAGAAGCAAGGCCCGGCAUUGCGGAAUCGAUUGGAAGGAGAAGCAGCCAUCCACAAGCGCCUGUUAGAUCGUGACAAGCUGAAGGACAAGACCAAUGGCGUGAAGUACUUCAAGUCUUACUUGAGACCCCUCUUCGUGAAGGGAGCCGCCAAUGUUUUCCUUUAUCGUUUCCAGCAGUUCAUGAACCUCCACCGAGGCAGCAGUGACAUGCUCAGGUGGAUGACCAGAUUCUUUCUGGAGCGAUCUCGACUACAGGAAUCUUGGGAUGACACCUACGUACCCAUCACAGAUCCGAACAAUGCCGAGGUUUCUGCAUAUCUUCUUGGUUUGUCAACACAGGACCAAGCAACAACAACUCGAGAAGAAGCGAUGGAGGCUCUGAACCAAAGAUUCAAGGCCACCCACAGUGCAGCGAUUCCUAUUCCUGAAGGCUUGAACGCCCUGAUGUUUGUCAGCCUGUCCGACCUCACGCAGGACCAACGACAAGUGCUGACUUCACUGAUGGCUCAUAGGAAUCGUGCCUUGGGUGAUUACAGAGUGGCAGAGCUUCGCGAAGUGUACCUGGAGGUCUUCUGCACCACGCGAACGUCGGUCGACAACCCCUUGUUGGCGCCAUCCUCCCAAGGAGGCCGCAAAACCUUCCUGGUUCUCGACGAAGGCUUCAUCGAUGAUUCCCAAGGCUUCUGGGUUGAAGAUGAGGAUGAAGGUGUCGAGGGCUUCUUGGAGUUGGACGAGGAUUGCUUCUGGGUCUACGACGACGAGUCCGCAGCGUGGUUUCAGAGACGUUUCCAAGGAAGAAGAAUGAAGCGAGGCCCCUUCAAGGGUCGGAAGAAAGGAAAAGGCAAGGGCAAAGGCCGAGGAGGCCGAAGGUUCUUCAAGAAGAAGAAGGGCAAAAGCCACAUGGUUGAAGAAGAUGCCUGGCAGACAGAGUGGCAGUCAGAGUGGCAGGAGACCCCGUGGGACUCUUGGUCCUGGGAAGAAGCCACUACGGACGAGUCCUUCGCUGCCAAGGGCAAGGGAAAGAAAGGGAAGAAAGGCAAAGGAAAGGGCAAAUGGAACAAAGGAGACAAAGGCGAUGGAAAAGACAACGCCGCCCAUACUGCUGAAGCUUCCCAAACAACCAACACAGUGGCAGCCUCUACCUUCUACGUUCAGAACGUCAUGCCCGAUGAGCCUUCUCACUACGAGAGUCCAUUCGAAUCCUUCAUGGCUACCCCAAAGGAAGAGUCGUCGUUUUUGACGCAUGCCUUGACGCCAACUUCAAUGGUUUUGGAUUUGGGGUGCACUAGGGCAAUGACUUCCAGGAGAGCAGCCAAGGAUCUCAUGAACUUUUGUGACGAAAGUCCGAAUUGCGGCAUUUGGUACAGGUUGGAGCAAACUACUUCACAAUUCACCUUUGCAAAUUCUGAGUCUGCAAGCUGUCAGCAGAAAAUUGUCAUCUGCAUGUAUGACCGAGAGUCGGCAGUUCAGUCCACCGAGUUUGACAUUGUGGAGCAAGGUGAAGUACCAACCCUCAUGUCGCUACCUCAAAUGCGAAAUCUUCGAUUCCAAUUGAGCCUUCAUCCGGACAAGGCCUUUUUGAGCAGCCCUGUGUUAGGCAUUAAGUCCUUUCGGCUGAAGGUUGCAAGGUCUUCGCAUCUCAUCCUCGACUUGCUUGAUGUAGCCAACUACAUGUGGAAUGUGAGAUUUGAGAAGCACAAGAAGGUGAGCUUCUUCACUGAGACAGUCCACUACGAGUUUGGCUACAAUCAGGGAGAAACUGGGAAGCUUCCCAAGAGGGAAGGAACCCAGGAAGCUCUCGCUGUUGAAGAUGAGUGGUUCCUAGAUGAAGCAAAGCAAGAGUUGAUCCGAAUCCACAAAAAAGAGAGGCAUCAAGUUUUCGUUCCAAGUUUGUCGCCAAUUCCCCUGGAAUACCUCGACUCCAAGAGAGCCACGAUCUUCGAGUUCGUCGAUGGCACGAAGGAGACGAAGGUCGAUGAUUGGAAAGAGGUUGCUCAGAAGCGCCAGGAAGUCAAGCCUAAGGCUUGGAAAGGAAAGACUGUUUUUCGAAUCCUUCCAGGAGGCAUCGAAAAUAGGACUUCUGUAAAGGCACGAACCACAGGUUCGGGUCCUGGUCGUCGGGGAAACCCUGAUGAUGUAGUUUCGAAAGGAAGGAAAGACUCUCAAAAGUCAAGGGUUCGAGUGUCAGAGAAGUCCAAGACAGGAAGCUUUCCGAAGGGAAAGGAACCUAAAGGAACUGGAAGCUUCCCUACAGGGAAGGAACCAGCAGUUGACGAGCCCGUUGAGGGCUUGCGUGAUGACUCUCUAGAAGAAUGUGCUAAGCGCAUUCUCGAUGGAGCAGGGAAGGACUCUAAAGGAGGGCUCCCUGAGAGCGAUUUGGACUAUUCUCCUUCAGAAGCAGAGAUUCCAUAUGAUCCAGCGAAGGAACCAGAACGUCUCGGAAGUGAGGCGCUAGAACCUAGGCGGAUUUCUCUUCCACUUCCGGGACAAGAGGUGUCCCGUGCUUCUCCGGCGUACAAGCGAAUGAUCGAAAAGUUGCGAAAUGAAGUAGAACUCUACAAAUUGCAUGUGAAGCAUUACCACAUGAGUCCAUCGCAAUUUCGACGCAGAACUGCAAUGCUUGGCCUGCCAGGAGACAUCUACGAGAAGUACGAAAAGAUUUAUCGUACCUGUAGGAUUUGCAGCACUUCCGUGCCAUCGCCGCCGCGAGCCAGAGUAGCAGGUUUACGUGCAUCGUCGUUUGGAGACCUGAUUUUUGUCGAUCACGCUGAAAUCAACUAUGGUGCUAAUAGCUAUUUAGUGCUUUUGAUCAUCGAUGGCGCAACAAAUCUGUUGUGGGCUACGGCCUUGCGCGGUUUGACUGCUGAGGAGACACUAGGGGCCUUUCGUCAGUGGUUCGAGGAAAACAACUGCAUGCCCAAAGGAAUCGUAGGAGAUCAAGCCUUCUUUACGGACGACUAUCGUGAGUUUUACCGUUUUCAUGGUAUAACACCUUAUCCUUGCGGACCAAGGACGCCCUGGCCAAACAGAGCUGAAACAGCUGUGAGAUUGUUCAAGCGAACUUGGGCAAUCAUGGCAAAGGCUCUAGCUGAUGAGGGUUAUGUUGAAAGGAUAACUGUUCGCCAAGCAGCUAAGAAGGUAGUUUGGGCUAGAAACUGUCAGUUGACUAUUGCAGGAUACUCACCUCUUGAGAUAGCGACAGGGCGCAGACCGCCUGAUCUUUUCGACAUUGAAACCUGUAACCCUGAACAGCUUUCCUCAGAGCCCCCGGCAGAGGACAGGACCAUUCUGCAGCUUCAACGCAUUGCACUGAAGGCGCAUCAGGAAGCACGUCAGGCCGUGGACCUUCGCAAGGACUUGGCAGGACGGGUGAUGCCCUCAGAUGGUCCCUACUCGCAGGGUGAUAAGGUGUUUGUUUGGAUGAAGGACGAAUCAAAGAAGAAAUCCGAAGGAAUCUGGGUUCGAGGUAAGGUUGUUUCACAGGAAAGUGCCAUGGUGUUAGUGCAGAUCCAUCAGUCUGUUUUGAGAGUGAACCAGUCGAAGGUGAGAAGAGAUCACGAUCCAUGGCAUGAUGUGUCCAUACCUUUGAGUCCAGAAACGGAAGGCUCUCCCAGUGGAGAGGGAUCCGAGUAUGCCUGUGCUUGCUGUUAUUCUCAUGAGAUCGGUUACUUCAACUACUAUGGAGAAGCAUGUGAUUUUGUUGAGAUAACAGCCUCUCUCACUGGCGUGUCGGCUUGCGCUGCCCAAUCUGACUUAAGGGUCGGUGAGCCGAUUGAGUCCAAACACUGGAGUGAGAAAGGAGUCCAGAAUUCCAUUCAGUUGGCUUGGAAUGUGCUUGAGAAAGGAAACCCCCGUCAUGUGAUGAUCCAUCCCGUGGUUCCUGAGAACUGGAACAGGAAAAUGAAAAAGGCCUUUUGGCAAUUCUGUGCUGAUGUUACUCGUUGGCAAGAUGACCGAGGCCUUUAUGUGUCUAUGGUUCAUCCUGCGGGCUCGGGGUUUUGGCUGUCUCAGAGCAGCAGGUCCUUACAAUGGAGAUGGACAAUGCAACAGGCUACUUUUAAGAUUGAUGGCGUUUCCACUACGUACUUGUCGAAUCUUCCUGAAGGGUCUUUCAAUUUCAUGGAAACUGUUCCUUACUCUGUGUCACAGAACGGUACUUUAAGUCCCAAGUAUGUUGUCAUGCUUUCAAUGUGCUUGCAAGGGGGGCGAGUGCCUGAUAAGAGACAAGAGUUUCUUUUUGAGGACCUUUUGGAGGAUUUCGAUGAUGGAGAUCUUUGCGCUCUGUGCAUGCGUUCAGAUAGGAACUAUGAUGCCCUUGCUGCCUUCCCGUUGAAGGAAGAGUUCGCAGUUGCGAGCUCUCAGGGGAAGAAUCGUCUUCCGAAGAGAAUGCAGUAUGUUGCACCUCAGAGAUUUGCAACUUCGUCUCUGAUUCAGAAAUUAGCCAGCAUAGACAAGCUUCUGGUUGGAACUGAACUUGAAGUGAAUACUUCCACAUCGCCAGAGGCUCUUGCUCUGAAGCCAAGCUUAAGGAAUGUCCGGUGUCUCACUUUACCGCAUCUUGAGUUUGAUCAUUGCAAUGUCUACAGAGGCACCUUUGGGAAAACCUUGCCAGUGAUUCAGCGACACCCUGAUUCGGUUGUGAUUUUAUGGAAUCAACACGAUUACGAUCAUGUGUUUUUCAUUACUCUGUCACAGCUGACUUCAUGCCUGUCACGAAUGGAUGCAAGUAAGUGGUCCAUGAUUGUGUUCUGGAAUGAAGGUUCUAGUGUUAGGAAGAUAGGAACUCCGGAUGUAGGGCUAGACUACACUGAUCAGCCAGUUCCAUCCGAUCCAUCCGGUCCUCCUCCUCUUCCGCUUCAGGGGGAAACUCCUCCAGGGGUUCCUCCAGGAUACCAGGAUCCUUACGUUCCAGACCAACCGCCGGAAGACGGAGGCGACCCAAGUGGGUCGGGACCGUCUCAUCCGCCUGGUGGUGCUCCACAGGUCAGUAUUCAUCACAAUCCGGAUAUUGACUCUGAUGAAGAGCUACCGCUGGAUAUGACAGGACAUGAUGGCUAUCCACCUCCGCCUCCAGGUGGAGUACAGAUAGGAGGCAACACUGUGCCGAUUGUCCCUGAUGACGCAGACGAAGAACUUCUGAUGGAUGUGUCAGGUUCGCCCGGGCCUCCGCCCGAUACACCUGGAAGCGGUGCUAUUGCGCCGAUACCAGGUCCGAGCCUGCCACCGCCGCAGGUGAUGUAUCCUUAUGGUCCGGGAUCUCAGGGCCCAGGUGGAGGAGGCGGUCCUAUGGGACCGGUGCCCUUCUUGGGUUCAACACCUGAGGAAGAUGCCUUGCCCAUGGAAGUGCACGAAGAAGGACCGCCGCCCGGUGGACCUCCUGAUGCGCCUGGGGCGAAGCAAUACGCUGAUCCUGACCAGAUGAUUCGGCCGUCACCUUAUGUGCCACCUGUCAGUAUUCAGCCUCUGCAGUCGAUACCUAAACAUCCUGAAUUUCCGGCGCCGCGUUGGCAACGACCACCGUCGCCACGAAAUGUGCCGGUCACGCGUGCGCGUGGGCGUCAUCCCGAUGAUACGUCCAAGGUUAAGGCGCGCAUUCCUCCAGCCGGUUCUGAACCAAAGUUGGUCUUUCCCAAGCUUAACUCCGUUCCUCCAUCGCCAAUCUCUCCGCCGCAGCCGGUACUGCCGCCCGUCGCCGUGUUGUUGCCGGGUCAGGGCGUGAAGAAAGAGGAUUUCCCUACCGAUCCGGAUUUUGAGGAUCCCGCUCAUGAGCCGGGUCAGCCUUCCGGAGAGCCUCCCGCGGCUCCUGGCUUACCUGUGACUGAAGGGGAAUUUCCCAUUGUUCCCACGCCGGCAGUUGCGCCUCAGGGCCCGGCCGUUCCUGAGUCCACGUCGGACACUGAUUCCAACGCUACGGUGGAUUAUCGGGAGCGGGCGGAUUCUCUUCUUGCCUUAGUUGAAGGGGAUGAGGACAUACUCAUUCAGCUUCCGCAGGAUUUCAAGGUUCCGUCGUUUGUUCCCUUGGAUGGCGAUGGCUUUGCUUCGUGGUUGACUAAGCAGGAUAAGAUCAAGGCCGGUGUAGUCACUCCUGAAAUGGCCCGAAAAUUCGCUAAGGAGCUGCGAGUGGCUAAGCUUGAAGAGUUUCGUAGCUAUCUUGACAAUGAGGCCAUUCGCCUUGCGGACCGCCGAAAGUUGGCAAAGGACGUGAAUUUCUUGACCGGUCGUUGGGUCUUGACUGUAAAGGUGGACAAGAAUGGCUUCUUUUCGAAGUUCAAGGACUGGAGCCGACCAGGGCUGAUCGAUGCACAUACGUUGCGUAUGAAGGAGGUAGCCCUGCAAGCGCUUCUCAGCUACAGCUGCGAUGAAGAAAGUCAGUCACUCCCCGACACAGCGGAGGCUUUGCGAGGGCCAGAUCCUACGUACAAGGUAAAGGACUAUCCGAAGCUUGUUCGGGUGCCAUUUCUGAUUUGUCGCAUGUUCGCACCGAGUUUUGUCUUCCGGACAGCUCUUUUUGAAUUUGUGCCUGCAAUUCUCCAGAGCGUUUGCGGCAACCAAGCUUUAGUGAAGAAAACGCGCAUUCGCACCAUGGCUGGACCUCGCUCCAGCUUCAUGUGGAACCCUUCGCUUGGAAGCAAUGUGCCUUUGCUGGAAGGUUCAAAUCUUCCAGACUACGGCGCGUACACUCAGUCAGCAGCGUGGCUUGGAAUCCGGAGGCUUCGUGAUAUCGAAGGGGCCGGAAAAAUAGUCUACCGCUCUGACGGUGUGCGUCACUGGCCAAACAACGUGUCAGAUGAGAAGUUCCUCAAUCUGGUUCCAGGUAGCGCCGAUGGUUCCUUGACACCGAUGCAGCGCUUGAACUGUCUUGAAGGACAGGUUAGCUUGCUGUACCACGUCGCUCUGUAUGAGCAGACACACCAUGUCAACAUUCUGUCAGGGUGGCAGUCAUGGAAAAUGGACUUCCUCAGGUUCUUCAUGGGCUCCGUGACAACGGAGGAGAUGAAGAAGUUCCAGGAGGAGGCUGCAACCAUUGACAGAGAAGGUCGGUGGCAUGGAACCUUUGCUUCCAGAAAAGGCAAAAAGCUCACUUAUGAACUACGCCACAACACCAGAAAUAAGCAGCACCUGGGUCCAGACAACGAGCUCCCGUUGGAGCUGUUGCAGAGGGAGAUGCGUUGGCUUGACAUGAGUCCACUCACAGCCUUCAGUCUGCUAGCCGGAAACUCCAAGGCACGCUACCGCAUCAUUGUCAAACUCGUGGACGUUGACUUCAGCGACCUGAACAAGCUUGACUUCGACAUUUAUGUGGCGGCGUGGCAAGGUCAUUCCCGGAUGGCGGACAGCCUCUCGGAGACAGCGCUGGGCGAGGUCCUCACGCUGGAGAGGUGUAGGCAACUGGGCUACAUCUUCCACUCAGCAUUCGCCAAGGACUACCAAAGCAUUCAGUCUCAGGGGAUGCUAAGGUCGUCUGUCAAAGAGCAAGGACAGAGCGGCCGCCUCGCCAUCCACUUUGUGUAUGGUGGAGGUACCGAGGCCCCGCGACAAGGGACCCUCAUCUGGGAAGGCAACGACCGCUUCUACGUCAAUCUCGACUACGAGACCCUGUACGCGGAUGGUCAAGCGUUGCACUUCACGCCUAACGGUGUGGUCUUGGCCUACUUCGACGUGGCGCCCAAGUACCUCACACACCACUGGCGUCCUCCCUACGAGAAGGAUCCUGGUGGCCGCCGGUGGGACAAGCGACGUGAAAACGUCGGUAGCCCAACCGAAGGCCAAGCGUCGGCCAGCUCUUCCUCGGGAGGCUUUCCGAAAGGAAAGGGACCCACAGAGCAGACCGAAAAGGGAAGCUCACCGAAAGGUGAGGUACCCAAGGUCACCGUCAAUGAGCUGCGAAGACUCAUUGAAGAGGAAGAGACAAGGAACCUCCGAGCCGCAGAAACAAUGGAGAUGGGCCGAGCGAUUCCCUUCGAGCGAGGAGUCGAAGUCGAAGGCCGAGUUGAUACUGGGAAAGUCCGCGUCGAGAAGAUGCAGAGUGCUUUCGACCGGCUCAACGCAAACCCGUGGUUCCUGUAUGAGCAGGGCCAUUUGAAGCUGCGGAACAGCAUGGGCCGUCGCGUCCGCACAGACCUGGGAGAUCAUCCGGCCUUCGACUACGGCAAGCGGCAGGGCUGCUACUGGGCUGAAAUGCAAAAGGAGCAUAUCUACACGAGGCCAGACAGCCAUGGAGUAAACGUCACUGGCUAUGAGUCCCCUCUCGGGCUCACUGGGAACCUUCUGUCAGAGCUCAACUUGCUCGUCUCCAGGGAGUUCCCAGACGCGGAGAUGGUUGACUUCCUAUGUCCUGACAAAGAUGAUCCACGCGCCCGCCGUCCUGACGCCAACCUCGCGGACUACGCUGAGAGGCUCGAGGUGCACCAUGCUUUCCAGAAGGAAAGGGAGGUGUACCAAGAGCUGAACCACGUCCGGGCGGACUUCGAGGUCUUGGUCGACAUCAUCGGAGAGCUCUACGGCCAGGACUUGCUGGCUUACCUCCGACGACACGAACAUGACCGAAACGUCAGGGAGCGCUACAAGGUCCGUCUCAAUGGGCCAGAUGGUGCAGUUGAGCUUUUUGACUGCCCUUUGCUCCAAAGAUGGAGUCCCGCCUUGGUGAUAAGCAAGGUGAAGGCGCGCUUCCAAGAAGGCACUGGACCAGCAAGCUUCUCCUCACGACUCGCGCUCAAGGCCUGGAGGGAUCUCCUCUCCUACGAGGAAUACAAAUCGCGAGAAAACGAGGUCCUUGAAGAACUCCUGGCUCGUCCCUUCUCUGAUUUGGUUGUGGAAGAGUUCCUUGAUGACACCAACAACAUCACCAUCGAGGAGGAGGUCGAAGAGAUGGAAGUUGAAGAAGGAGGCUCCUUGUUAAAGGAGGAACUGGACUCAACUCCAGAGGCUGAGCUCGCCGCCAUGCAGGUGGAUGAGUCGACAGACACCCAAGGUGGAAGCUCCCUUACAAGGGAGGAACCGCCGUCUGAGGCUUCCCCAGCAAAAAGGGCGAGGAAGGUCCGUUUUGAGGAGAGUUGCAAGAAGGAAGAUGGUCCUGGUCCUUUGCGCAGACGAACGAGGAAGCCUUCGCCAAAGACCGUCUACAGGUUCGAGUGGCCUGAAGAUGAGAAGAAGAAGGAUGGUCCUCAGAGUUCAUCAAGUUCAGCUGCAGGCUUGUCAAAAGACAAGGAAGCAGACGAGAUGGACACUGAGCCUCCUCAGUUCGUCAAGCUCGAAGAAGAGACAGGCGUGCACCAAGGAAUCUGGGGCAAGCAGAAGACCCAUCUUUCUCCCGAUGAGUUUCAGGAAGCCGCCAAGAUCUUCGCUGAGAUGGAUGCUCCUGGUGAAGAAGCGACCGCCACGGACAACGAGCAGGCAGUGGAGGCCAUGCAUGUUGUUUCUGAGACAAAGGAUCUUCGCCAGUCAGCAGCAUUUCGGGAGUUCGUCGAGAAGCACCGCGAGACGGAGACAUGGUCACCGAUCUUCCUGCUCAGCAAGCAGAAGCAUGGAAGCGCCUCAGGGAUCUACCACCAGGAUCUCCGGGGUGAUGAUGCGAACUUCUUCAUGCUGCAGCACAUGAGGUUUCGCCAGCUUACUGGCGACUUCGCGAAGCACCCGUGCGCCCACUACGUGGCGAAGGAGUCUACUGUCUUCAGAGAGAUGGCGAAGUUGCAGCCCAUCUAUGAGAGGAGGCCUCAUCGCAACGAAGUGGUUUUUCGCGCAGGCGAUGUUCGCAGCACUCUCGACGCAGAGCUACUCCGACGCGCUGCAAAAAUGCCGGCAAGGGUCGAAGAACUGGAAGAGAGACUGCAGCGGGCAAUACGCAGGCAGGGUGCCACGCGCGAAGAGCUCACGAAUGCGAUGUUGCACUACUUCCUAGCAUGUGGCAUCACAGAGAGUGCAGUGGGAGGCUUGUCUCUAGACGAGGAACCCGAAGACACUGUGCCUGAGUUUCGACAGGAGGCUGGCGGAAGGCCUGUCUCCACUUCCAAGUCGUACCUCACUGUUAUGGUGCUCAACCUGGGUAACUUCGAGCGAGGUCGUAAGAACACAGUGCCAAGAGAGUAUCGAGAAUUCGUUUCGAAAGGCAAUGACGGCAUCAGCGUUUUGGUCAGAGCAAUGGCACUCAUGAAGAGCCAUGUUUUCCUUUUACAGGAGGCGUCAACUCUUUCUGCUGAAGACCUGACCUACUUGAAGGACAACUGCUGGGAGUUCUGCAGAAACCCGGCAGGAGACCUCAUGAUAGCCUUCCGUACAAACCAUUGUGGCCAACACAUCAAAAUGGUAGCAGGUAGCACCUACGGCUACGAAGACCACAAGCACAUGCCGCUCAGCUACCAGAUUGUAGACAUCUGCUUCGGCUCCACCUUGUCUUCAGAGACUUUGGAUGCCAAACUGGCAGGCUUUCCGAAAGGAAAGGGAGCCAUUACAAGGCAGAAUUGUCAGCCGCAAGAAUUCGAUACUCCCUUGACAAGAGCAGGACUGAAUCGUAUCAGAAUCUGCAACUUUCAUCUGCAUUCUCACAUCGCCAGAAAGAAGGUCGCCUUGUCGCACGAGAGUCUCGCGAUCAUGAUGGCCGAUUGCUUCAGCAUGCAAGUGGACAUUAUCGGUGGUGAUGCAAACAUGGCAGCGUACCGAUUCCAAGGAUCUACGCAGGCCAGUGCAUCCAUCCGAGAUAGUAGUUUCCAAGACAUGGUGCGCUACUUCUGCGAAGCGUACAAAGCGGCCCUUGGAAAUGAUCCAUUCACAUGCCCUAAGCCGAGGUUCAUGUCGGCCAAUCCUCUUGGCGUUCUUCACUGGUACGAAGAAACAUACAGCAUGCCUUAUCGCAACGCACCUCAGGUGGAUUGGCGUACUGCUCCUUCCCUCGAUUGCAUAGUCGCUUGCGUCCUCGAAUGGGACCACUCGUAUUCUCCGCAGCGAUGGCCUACGAAAACCGAUGCUAGGGAGGCUGAGUACAAGAUCCAUGUGUCAGAGUGGGUGCUGAACACCAACAGAAGCCAUUACAUGCUGGUGGACAGUGACAAUGACAGUCAUACGCCCUUGCUUUUCACCUUGACACCUAUGUGGCUGUCGAACCAACAACGCAAGGAGCUAGACCGUCGUGGAGCCACUGUCAAAGAAGCUGCUGACCGCAGAAAAGAGCGCCAAAAGGCCAACAAGGCGAAGGGCGGCUUCGACGCCCAGCUGGGCAGGUGCACCAGCCUUCCAUGUGUGCCGGACAUCAUCAGCUUCAACACGGUCCUCACAGCCUUGCAGAAGGCCAGCGAAUGGCAGUGGGCCGCGUGGCUGCUUCGGCAUGAGCUUCCCAAGCGAGGACUGGAGAUCCACACGAGGCAGACCUGUGGCGUGGCAGCCUUAUGGCAGCUUCUGAUCACAAGCGCCCCUCGGGUCUGGAGCACUGUGCUUGGUUUGGGGCACAUAGUUCCCUUGCUGUAUUCUACGAAGCAUAAGGUCAAGUGCCCGCACAGGCGAGUUGUAGCAAAGGGGGUUCAAUUGCUGUUCGUGUUUUUUUUGGUUGCGUGCGAGAAGAGCACCAUGGGAGACUCUGCCUACAUUUACGGCACCUUCAUCAAUGAGGAGGAGGUCGUCCAGUUGUUCCGAGACUUCAUGCAUACCUUCAAGAAGGACGCGGCUUAUUGGGCCUCCUAUCCCUGA